CUGAAUUGCUGGGCUCUGCUGCCCGCUGCCCAAUGUGGGCAUGGGACGCGGAAGGGGUCUCUUGUUUAAAACAUCCCCGGAGCGCGGGGCCCCUCCACCCAUGCAGAGUCGCGCAGGCACGCUGCUGGCCCCGCCCCGGCCCACACGCGAGCGCGCAUUCCCUGGCCUGCCUCCACACCUUUGCACGCGCUGGGCCGCCCUGCCCUCCGCUGCCGCCACGGUCCUCGGCUCCCUGGGGAACCACAAUUAUUCAGCUGAACCAUGUGUGUGGAUGCGCCAGAGAGGCGACUGGCCCAGGCCUGCCUCUAAGAAGCUUAGGGGUUCACCCAGGAGCGCCCACACACACAGGCUCGCCCCCCCAUUGGGACAGCGUGCAAAGCUGGAGGGCAGGGAGGAGCAACUUGAGGGCCUGGGAACAGAGGGACGGCCAGGCCCUGGAGAAGGGCAGGGUCCAUGUUUGGUCACCCUGGAGUGGGGGGGCACCCUGCAGGGCAGGCGGGUAUCCUCUGUCCUUGACUCCGCUGUCCUGGGCGCUGUUCCGCGAUUGCCUCCCCAUCCCCUCCAGGUCCCCAGAGUCCCCGGCAGCCACUGUUCGGUAGCGCAGGGAGCAGGACCCUGGAGAGCAGGGGGCACCACAGUACCAGGCCCCUCUUGUCUAGCUUCAGCCUCACAUCUGGAAGAAUGUCUUCAGGGGACCCCCCUACACACACACACACACACAAACCUACCAGCUGGCAGGAGGCAGAGCCCUGGCCCGAGCCACUGAGCCUACUUUCAAAGCCCCGCCGCGUGACCCCGAGAAGGACUUCACAGCAAAGCGCGCAUCCCAACCCCUGCCAGGCGUGAUGGGCAGGAAUGGGGCGAGUGCAGGGAGGCGUGCACGCCGAGUGGGGCCCCCGCAAGCCUCCACAGCGUGCGUCGUCGUCGUGGCUGUCAUUACGGGAGAGGCAUUUAAAGCAGCCCGGAAAAUGGGUCAGUCAGUCCCCAGCAUGUGCGCUGCUGUCAUUGUGAUGUGCCCCGCUCUGCCCUGGGGACUCCUCCCGACAGCUGCCGGAGGUAGGCGCCAACUCCGGCCCACUCAGCAAUGAGGAAGCCGAGGCGCAGAGAGGUGAAGUCACUCGCCCAAGGUCACACAGCUGGACCCUGGAGGAACUGGCAUCUGAAUCCAGGAUUGCGCCUCGGCUUGGCCUGGCUUCCUCCCUCUCCACAACGGAAAUGCCCAGGGCUGGCCCCACGCAGGCAGCACUGUGGCAAGCCAUCCCCAUCCCUGGCCUCAGUUUGGCGGCGGGGGCCGGCACAGCGUGCGGUGGCCGGGCAGGGAGCUGCCAUCAGGUGGCUGUCCCGGAAGCGCGGUCUUGCUGCCGCUGCCCACAGGGGCCAGGCGCUUCACACAUCCUCUCCGCCCCGGAGCCAGCCCCCCGCCGCCAUGCACCAGCACUACACCGUCCACGCCACCAAGGGCAUGCUGCCCCCCCGGGGCUGCCCCGAGAGCUACUUCUUGGACCCGGAGUUGGGGCACAAAAAAGGACGCUGUCACCAGUGGUGCCAUGACCCAGCGGCCUACAGGCCCUGUCCGCAGCCCUCCCAGGUGCGGUCACAGCUGGUCUACCACAGCCAGCAGGGGGUUGUCGGGGGCUGUCGCCGGGGCCCCCAGCCCCCUCUCCUGCAGCAGCAGCAGCAGCAGCAGCGGCAGCAGCAGCAACAGUGGCAGCCCCAGCCCUCAGCCCCCAGCCCCCUGCGGCAGCGUCUCUGCCCUGGUCCCAGCACCCAGAAGGGGGCGCCUCCAACCACCACUGCCCCCCUGGGACCAGCCUGCAUCCCCCAGCCGCCCACUGCACCCACCUCAGCGGCACCCGCCGUGACCAGCAGCUGCCCAGCCCUGCCCUCCACAACUGGCACCGUUGCGAAGCCCGGCAGGCCCACCAUCACCCAGUCCCUGAAUGCCCCAGGGGCAGCCUGUGGCCCCUUCACCUCCUACAGCUCCGACAUCCUGACAGAGGACGAUGUCUACUGCAGCUGCCUGGCCAAGACCCUCUGCCACGUGCCCGUGCCUGUGACCGUGGGCUUCUACGCCCCCUUCGGCUGCCGCCUGCACCUCAUGCUGGACAAGAUCACCGCGCUGAUGGAGCAGGAGGCGGCGCAGCGAGAGGCGGAGGAGCUGCAGCGUGUGCAGUGGCGGCCGCGGUCCGUGAGCCGCUGGGGCUUCCCUCAGCUGCUGUGGUACCUGGUGUUCAUGCAGCCGAUCAUCACCGAGGUGCACCUGCGGCGCAAGAAUGUGAAAUUCCUCUUCAUCCGCUUCAGCGCCUGGGAGUACGAGGGCACCGACAAGCUGUGGGCCGGCCUGGUGACCACGCUGUGCGAGGGCAUUCGCCACCACUACGGCGCACUGCCCUUCAGUGUGUACUCGGUGCUGGGCAACAAGGCGACGACGAUGAAGGGCUUCCGCCAGCGUGAGUGGCACUGCAGGCGCCGCGUGUGCCUGGCGCUGGUGGCCCUGCUGGUUGCGCUGGGUUUCGGCGUGGCCCUGCUCUACCUGUCGCUGGGUGCCCACGCGCUGAGCCACAGUAGCACCGACAACAACCUGCUGCGGGUGUUCGGCGGCGCAGCCACCACGCUGUCAGGCUCGGGCCUGCUCAUGGCCGUGUACUCGGUGGGCAAGCACCUGUUCGUGAGCCAGCGCAAAAAGAUCGAGCAGCUCGUGUCGCAGGAGAAGUUCGGCAGCCAGCUGGGUUUCAUGGGCGAGGUGAAGAAGGAGGUGGAGCUGGUCACCGACUUCCUGUGCUUCAUGGAGAUCUACCAGCGGUGCCGGCUGCGCAUCGUGCUCGAGAUCACGGGGCUGGACACGUGCCGCUCGGAGAACGUGGUGGGCGUGCUCAAUGCCAUCAACACCCUGUUGUCCGACAGCCACGCACCCUUCAUCUUCAUCCUGGUGGUGGACCCCAGCAUCAUGGCCGCGUGCCUCGAGUGCGCCGGCUCCAUGAAGGGCACGGCUGACAACGGCUACCUCUUCCUCAACCGCACCGUCACGCUGCCCUUCUCCGUGCCCAUCAUGGGCCGCCGCACCAAGCUGCAGUUCCUGCACGACGCCGUGCAGAGCCGCGACGACCUGUUGUACCGCGAGAUGGCGCACCAGCUGCGGCCCGGGAGCCCGGGCGCCAACGAGGGCUCACAGCUGCUGGCGGUGGAGAUGCAGGAAGGGGCCAGGGUCACACAGAGCCACAUAGACGCCGAGGCCGCGCGCCGCAUCCAAGAGGCACUCUACUGCCUGCAUGACGACCGCGACUGCCUCUACGAGUACGUGGCCGACAACUUGGUAUCCAUGCGGCGCAUCGUAAACACCGUGCCUAUCACCGUGCGGCUGCUGCAGCAGCAGCAGCGGGACUUCGGUGGCCCCACGCCGCGCCAGGCCGUGGCCUGGGUUGUGCUCGCCAACCAGUGGCCCUGCCGCCUCAGCUGGGCGCUGCAGUGUCUAGAGGACCGGCAGCAGGCGGGGGGCGCCCCGGAGGCCCGCGCGCGACUCUGGGACGUGUUCCUCGAUAACUGCCAGGAGCUGCACACCAUGACCAAGCCGUUGCACAAUGUGCUUGACCUGGAUGGCGACCCCGAGCUCUUUCAGCGCUUCCUGAGCGAGGACUUCCCCUUCUCUGUGGCUGAGGCGCAGACCCUGCUGCGCUGUACAGUCAACCUGGACCACUCCAUCCGCCGUCGUAUGGGCCUCAUCCGGGCUGUCAGCACACUAAAGCCGCCCAGCCCACCCAAAUCCCCGGCGGGUGACGCCCCCCGCGCUGCCCACGGAGCCAACCAUGCCUCCCGGGCUGACGACGCCGCUAAUGGAGCUGACCAGAGCCCUGGGGCGGCCCGGUCAGGCCACUCUGCGGGGCGCAGCCCUGCGCAGACCAGCGGAGGCCGCCACUCCCGCAGCGAAACCCCUGACUCCCGAGCCAACCACACCUCCCAAGCUGCCCGCGGGGCCCACAGAGUCGACCAGAGCCCUGGGGCGGCCAUGUCAGGCCACUCUGCUGGUCACAGCCCAGUGCAGGCCAGCGAAGCCCCCUAUGUCCGCAGUGAAGUUCCCCACCCCCACAGGGAAGUCCCCCAGCCCCGCGGCGAAACCCCUCACUCCCAAGACUUGACACACCGGAGUAAGCCAAGACCAGUGGCUUGAGUACCCUGUGCUUUAGGGAAUCCAACCCAGGGGUGCCUUGGAUGAAGGAUUCUGGGGCCAGCAGGGGGCAACAGCGCCCCUUCUACCUAGGUGAGGACACUUGUAGGGGACAAGGUCCAGGGUCCAGUGCUGGGAAGGAGGCUGGUGCUGGCUACAUUCCCCCGGUGAGUGUGCGAGCUGGCAAGAGCUGUUGGCAGUAGCUGACAAUAAUACCAGGGUCAGAAAGAGGUGCCAAAGGACCACUAAGAAACUCAAGUUCAAGUGCAAUAAACGAAGGUGU